AUGAGCGACAAGAAAACGGGCAUCACCGUCUUCUCCGGAGGCCGUCUGGUCCGCCUCAUCCCCAACCCCUCCAACGACCAAGAAAAAGCCGCCCUUAAGGCGCUCUUCGAGUACCGUCUCCCCGGCGACCCCUCGAAAGCCCGCAUCGAAUGGCUCGACAUCGUCGAAGCCCGCCAUCUUCUCUGGGCUUACAUCUCUUCUCCAAAGCGAGAACUCAUCCGGUCCAUCCUCAACACCUUGAACCUCGAGAUCGUCAAGCGAGCCCGACCGACGUCCACCUUCAACUUCGCCGAAGCCUCUAUCGGCAACAUGUUCCUGACCGGCGCCCGCAUCUUUUCGGGAUCCUUUGAGUCCGCCAUCUAUUUGUUGUCGAUGAUCUGCUCCAUCCCGCCCAACGUCAACGUCUUACCAGCUAUCAACUCCAAUUUCACGCACCAUAUUUCUGCUGGGCUUGAAGACGGCACAACUAUCGCGGGCCAGGUGGCUAUCAGCCACCCGAGUGCUCCGACUGCGUUGCCAGAUGACGUGAAGAUCUCGCUCGCUACGCCCUCUUUUCCUCCGCUCCUGCAUGGCGGACACGGCCACGGAGCCCCAUCCUUUUCUUCCGCCGCAACCCUCCACCCCGCUGCCAUGGCCAUGGCCAUUCAUAACGGCCACCCUCCACCUCAACAUUUAACCGUCCGCUCCAGCAUCACCACGUCCACUGUUUCCACUGCCCCCUCCUCCGUACCCACCACAUCCUCAUCCGUCGCCACUACCCCCACCAAGUCCAGUUUUCCCCGUCCCGGCAUAAGAGCCCGCUCCCAAACCGAAACAGAAGACGCCUCCCUCCCCGGCUCCCUCCCCUCUCUCCGAACGCAAAACAUCUCCUUUUCCAAAUCCGACUCCGACGAAGCCGACCAGCUCUCGGCAAGAAUAGAGCGGGUGUGGUACAUUAACCCCUACGGGCACGAGAUCUGGCCCAACGCGAACCCAAAGGUGAUCGACGCGCUGGCGGUGACGAAAAUGGUGGUGUAUAGCAUUGGCAGUUUGUGGACGAGUAUUGUGCCUAGUCUUGUGUUGAGGGGGGUUGGGGAGGCUAUUGCUGGGGAUGUUGAUGCGGACAUCGAAGGGGAAGACCAGGAAGGGGACGGAGAGGUAAAUGGGAAGGUGAAGAAAGUACUGGUGCUCAACGCGACAAUCGAUCGUGAAACGGGACCCAAGUCAAAACCCAUGACAGCGACGGAUUUCGUUAGAGCGGUGGCCAAGGCCGGGGAGCAGAGUCGGAGGAGUGAUCCUCAUUAUCAUUAUCGUGCUGAGGAGAAUGAGUCUACCGAUGCUGAUGGUGGAGAUUCAGAAGAAGAACGAGAAGGGCGGUUGUUGAGGAAAUAUGUUACUCAUCUUGUUUACCUUGAUGGGCAGGAAGUAGGUGGACGGCUGGCGAGGACGGGAACAGCGCCGAAAGUGGAUGUGAAGGAGUUGGAAAGGUUGGGGAUUAGGUGUGUUAGGGUGGAGGGUAGGAUGCAGGAGGAUGGGAAGGGGGUUAGGUAUGAUGAGGGUGGGUUGGGGGAUGCUUUGGAGGGGAUUAUUGAUGAGUAA